AUGGCGUCUGAUAGAAACGAUGUCGUCUCUUAUGUGAAUCAAGCAAAGAUAAACGUGACACUAUCUGCAUCUCCGAUACUAUCUCUCAGCGAUCCCAAGUCAUGUCAGCACGGGAGGGUCUUUUUGCCGAUUACCAUCUGUACCGAUUUGUCUGCUUUCGAUGUUCUGGAUGAAGGAUGUGGCCUAAUCGACGUGCUUGCUCGCGGUGCUUUCGGAGGACUUCGUAGCGUAUCUGGCGAUGCUACCAAGAAUAUCUCGCUGGGUUACUUCCACGUACGAUAUUUUACUGAUAGUACAUCUUCAGACCUGAGGGAGCGUGACAAGCGGGUUGUUACAAUUCCUGGUGACGGAUCCCCUGUAACGGUAGGUAGUCCAUAG